AUGCUCAAUGAACAAGGGAUAAAGCGCUAUACUGAGGCUCCACCUGACAAAGCUCAAACACACAAACAGGGCAAUUCCAAACCAGAGCAAGUCGUUCCUCAUGCUAAACCAGAACAAAAAGUUCUCAAGCAGGUAAAAGCUAUCACAGCAGAGAAGACAGAAAAAGCCGAACCUCAAGAAAAAGAUCGUCAGUCUAUGACAACAGAUAAGCCUAAAUCAUCUUCAAAGGGAACAUCAGAAGUCACAGACUCAGGGAAGAAGAAAGUUGAAAAAUCUGAAAAGGAAAGUAAAGUUCCCACAAGACAAGAAAAUCUUCAGGGCCACAAUGUGACUAAAGAAGAAAAACCUGCAAAGAUACCAAAAGAUUCCAAAGACACACCAGCUUCAAAGAAAGGAAAAGAAGAUUCCAAAGACACCAAAGACAUAUCAGCUUCAAAUAAAGACAAAGACGUAACUGAUGAUGUAUCUUCCCAAAAGAAGCAAAAAAAUCCCAUCAGUUUCUUUCAAUGUGUCUACUUGGAUGGAUACAAUGGGUACGGAUUUCAAUUUCCUGUCACUCCUGCCCAACGUCCUGGAGAGAACUCUGGCAAACCAAACUCUCCAGGACAGAAGCAGCAAGGACAGUAGACCCCCAUGUAUGACCCUGACAACUGCAUUGACCGUGUGAAAAGAAAUCAUCUCUUUAGUCUAAAUGGUGGCGCAGGCAACUGAAACUAUCCAGUGCUGAGAUUUCUUUGUAAACAUUCUGCCCUUCUGCCUGGUAUAAAGAGGUGGCACGGAUAAAGCGGUUGAGUAAUAAUUAAAUGUGUUGGAGGGUCUAAUGCUCAAGAAUAUUCAUGUGUGUCUAUUGCUGUGGGAAGGGUGCUUACAUUUAGUGGUUUUUAUUCAUUGUGAGAGUGUACACUCAUUAUAGUUUAUUUUGUAUUGGUCUUUUAAAUGUAAUUGGCACACUUACGAAACAAAAUUUCUGGCUUCAGGUAGUUUUUAAAUUGAUAACAGACUGUGUUCUGGGCUUAAAUGGUACAGGAACAUACACAAAAGUUGCUCUUCUGUAUCAUGUGAGUAAACUCAGUUUACUUAAAUAACUGUUUUUGUCAUUAUAUUCAUGUCUGUUUCUAGUUCCGUUGUGGCAAGGCUCUACAAUAGGUAUGACUUACACCAGAGUGUUGUAAGUCCCUUGUCAUAUUCUUCAAAUAUCAGACAGAGAGGACGUGACAAAGAACAUAUGCUUGACAAAUCUUAUUUCUGAGGUUUGUCUUGAGCUCCAAUUAAGACAUUUUUCUCCUAUGGACAUGUAGUUAAACAUGUCUGGUAAAUCGUUUGUUUAAUAUGUCAGUCAAGGAGAUGUGAAAUUUUCACAUUUCUCCAGAUUGUGCCCCAGUGAGAACAUCACCUGGGUGAAAGUUUAGAUAAAUCAAUAUUUAUCUAAGGUGACCAAG